UCGGCAAAGGCGGAGAUGAUAGUCUCUCCCCUGACAUUUACUUCUUUUGUUUAAACCCUCGAUUACCACAAUGAAUAUCAGGUUAUUCUUGAUAUUUGUGGUAAUGAUGUGCGCCAUAAACCAAGGGCCUGCUGUGUAUCGGGACCUUACGUGCGUGGAGCUCGAGCCAGGAUAUGCCAAAAGAUUGUUUUAUCAUUUCACCGCAAGUGAAAUUGAGAAAGUCUGUCCAACGGUUACCGACCUGACAUGGCGAAUUGGGAAUUGGGUAUUCUGUAAUCUGUUGUGUGUGCUUCUAACUCUGCUGUUGGGCUAUGCGCCGUCGAUCGGAAAAGUCGUCAAAGAGAAAUGGUCUGCCGUCGUGUCAAUGUACCAAGAAUGGAGAGCUCGUCCUUCCCUCUGUCGUCACUGCGGUACUGCCCCGUGUCAGGUUAAAAGGAGAUCCUUGUGGAAGCCCUCCGGUACUUGUAAGAAAGACGAGGCAAAUUUCGCAAAAAGGUCAAACGCCAUGAUGUUGUUUAACUAUGGACUAGAGUUGUCCGUGGUACUGACCAAAUAGCUGCCAUGGAAUGACCUGUACUUGGAGAGGAAGUUCGCCCAUCAUUUUGAGGAGGAGCAUAUGGUAUUGUUCCCAAUGUGCAUCCAGCGUCAGAUCAACUACUGGUACCCUGUCCCUCGCUAGGUGUUGUCGUGGCCAGUUAAGCUGACCACCAGGUUCUGCAGAAUUACCAACAUGCAAAUUUUUGCUCGCUUUGUAUUGGUCAGUUUUGUUCCGGCGAAUUUUAUGUAGUACAACUAACAAUCAUGUGAUCAAUAAA